CAUCCACCGCGUCACCUCGCGACUUCAGCAUCUAAACGCAACCAAGAGAGUGCCGUCACCGCGUUCUUCCCCUUCGCCUUCCUCCCCAACCCAACCUACAACUUUUCCAGGGAACUGGCUCAUGCUUUCCAAUCUAGUGCUAAUUUCCGACUCAAGCUUCACUGCAGAUCUCAGUUCUGAUUGCCUUGGGGAAGGAAUUAGUGUAGCUCCGUGUUUCCGAUUGGUUUCUGGUUGAUUCUCUUGAAACCGGGGAUUUAGUCGCUUUCAUUCUGUGAUUCUUUUGGUUUUGGUGAAAUUCCUGUCAGAAGAUUGGUUUUUGAUUGAGAUGUGGGGUUUAUCAAAGAUAUUUUUGGCGAAUUCCUUCUCUGAGCCGCGGAUGUGAAGAAAUUGGGGAGAAAAGUUCGAGUGUUUAUUGCUGGUCUGUGAAGAAAAAAGUGGUUUUUGGAGGAUAAGGUGGAAGCUCUCUAGUCUUCUACGCCAUGCUCAACAUCACCGAACCAUCUUCUUGUAUAAGCUUUUCCUCUUCCUACCUCUCCAAUGGUUCAAGCGCCCACCAUGCUCCUGUCUCCGCAACGAGGCCUCACGGCCGGACCCCGGAGCCGGAGUGCAGGACUAACCUCGAGGUCUUAAGCCUCAGCAAGCUGAGUUCCAACCUGGAGCUCCUCCUCCUCGAUACGGAGUUUGACUGCACCGACGCCGAGAUCAUGGUGGAAGGGGCGCCCGUUGGCGUUCACCGCUGCAUCCUGGCGGCCAGGAGCCGGUUCUUCCAUGAACUCUUCUCGCAGGAAGGAAGCGGAGGGUCUCGGAAGCCCAGGUACGAGAUGGACAAGCUGGUUCCUGGCGGCCGCGUCGGCCGUGAGGCCUUCACGGUCUUCUUGAGCUAUCUGUACACUGGCAAGCUGAAGUCGGCGCCUCAGGAGGUGUCAAGUUGCGCCGACAGGCUCUGCCUCCACAACGCUUGCCGGCCGGCCAUUGACUUCGCCGUCGAGCUCUUGUAUGCAUCUUCAGUCUUUCAGAUCACAGAGCUUGUCUCGCUUUUACAGCGUCGACUUCUGAAUUUUGUGGAGAAAGCUAUAGUGGAAGAUGUAAUCCCUAUUCUUCAAGUUGCCUCACACUCAAAACUCAAUCAGUUACUCUCUAAAUGUGUCCAAAGAGUAGCUAGGUCAGAUCUUGAUGAUGUUGCAAUUGAGAAGGAACUUCCACCAGAAGUAGCUGACGAAAUCAAGGCACUGCGAUUCAAAUCACCACCCAAGGAACCUAAUGGUAUCACGGAUCCUGUGCAUGAGAAAAAAAUUAAAAGAAUACACAGGUCUCUUGACUGUGAUGAUGUUGAGCUUGUAAAGUUGCUGUUGAGUGAGUCUGGAGUUACUCUAGACGACGCUUGUGCUCUACAUUAUGCAGCUGCUUACUGUGAUUCCAAAGUCAUUGCUGAGUUGUUAGACCUUGAUUCAGUUGAUGUAAAUUUAAAGAACCACAGAGGAUAUACACCACUUCAUGUAGCUGCCAUGAGAAGAGAGCCAGCAGUAAUUGUUUCACUUCUUACCAAAGGUGCCUCUGCAUUGGAUGCAACUGCUGAUGGCCAAAAUGCUGCUACGAUAUGUAGAAGAUUAACAAGGGCAAAAGACUAUUAUACAAGGACAGAGCAGGGUCAAGAGUCAAAUAAAAAUAAGCUGUGCAUCGAUAUUCUAGAGAGAGAGAUGAAGAAUUCCAUCACUGUUGAAGAUUCUGUUACUUCACCAUUGUUUGCUGAUGAUCUACAUAUGAAGUCCCUUUAUCUAGAAAAUAGAGUUGCAUUUGCAAGAUUGUUCUUCCCUGCUGAAGCUAAGCUAGCCAUGGAAAUAGCGCAUGCAGACAUAACUUCAGAAUUAACUGGUCUUCCUGCAUCUCGAAGUGCCAGUAAUCUCAAGGAAGUCGACCUAAAUGAAACACCUACAGUGCAAAAUAAGAGGCUUCAAUUGAGGGUCAAUGCCUUGACAAGAACUGUUGAUCUUGGUCGCCGUUAUUUCCCUCAUUGCUCGCAAGUGCUGGAUAAGUUCCUCGAGAACAACUUGCCGGAUCCCUUCUACCUACAAAAGGGCACCCCUGAUGAGCAGAAGAUGAAGAAGUUGCGAUUCUAUGAGCUCAAGGAGGACGUUAGAAAGGCAUUCAACAAGGACAAGGCUGGGAGUUUGCUCUCAGGUUUAUCGUCUUGGUCUUCAUCCUCACCAAUGUGUGAAGGAAACUAUCAGAGGCCUGUAAGAAAUUGAAGCCCAAAAAUUUUCUUUUCUCGAUGUUUAUUUACAAUAGCUGUCCAGAGAAAUAUAUCUGUAGAAUUGUUUUAAACUAUCUGAGACAAUGAUGUUUCUGGCACCUCUGAAGGUUGAUUCAGCGUAUCAAUCUCCCUUUUAGUGUAUCUGGAUCAAUAAGUUUAUCGACUUUUAGCAUAAUUACCAGAUAGAGCUAUAAAUGUUAGCCUAUCUGAGUCAAUGUUUCACUCUACUAUUUCUGCAACUGUAGUCAGUGUAUUGUGGCUUUUCUCCUGCGUGAGUUUAUUGAUACAAAGAAAGUUUGAUAUCUUAUUCUA